UAGAGUCAUUUGUUAUCGUGUCUCAAAUCGUUCGAGUUUAACAUCUUAAAAGCAAUCGCAAUAUAAAAGAAUGACGAGGGAAUAUCCCAAGGUUUGGUCUUCGUUUCAAAGAGUUGCUAAAAAUGGAAAGACUUUGUCAUUUGAAAUAAAAGAUGUUCCGGAAGAGCUAUGGAUCGAAGCAGUUGAAUUUAUGUUGGGAAAUUAUAUAAGAGAAGAUGUUUGGUGGAUUACAGCUGGUACAGCCGGGGACCCACAGGCUAUAGAAGAGUAUCGUGUGCUAUUGACGUCUAUUAUAAAGUUGAAGAUGAGUUUGGGAUGCUUUCUUGUCGAGGAAUCUGGUGAUCGAGUCCUCGUUGGCAUGAAUAUGUGUAUGCCACAGGAAAAAGAACGUUUUGUGGAACACAAUCCGCCAAAAACGAAAGCCGGUCUGCUAUCACUGCGUAUGUUCAGCGAGGCUGUGAAAGUGCCGGCGAUUUACGACAAAUACAACGUCGAUGUAUACCUCAUGGGAGCUGGCCUCUCUGUGACUCCUGAAUACAGAGGACUGGGAUUGGCAGUGGAGUUGCUUAAAUCUAGGAUGCUCCUUACAAAAGAAGGAGGUUUAAGUGUCACUGGAGGGAUAUUCACGAGUGCACCGGCGCAGCGCUCGGCGGAAAAAGCUGGCAUGGUUUGUGUCUACCAGAUUCCAUACAAACAAUUCGGUGAGCAAUGUAAUAUCGACUUUAACACGACUACGGAAGAUUUAAAAAUAUUUGCCAUCAACGUAUAAAAUAACAAUGGUGCCAUGGAAAUAC